AUGGCCCCUCCUUCGGGUCUCCAUCAAUCGGCCAUCCCCGCAGAUUUCGAGGCGCCAUUUCCGCCGCUGGUCCGAUCUUCUACCGUGCCUGCCGGCCCCAAACUGCACCGCUCCGACCCGUCGCAUCUGUCCCCCGAAGACGCCUACGCCUCUUUCUCCCCUCCACGCCGCCUCGGAGGGUUCGAUAGUGGAGGAAAUGGAUCUGGUACAGAUUCACGGCCCGGGCGCACUAGGCAUAAGGACACCGCUCGGAGUCGGAGCAGGAGGCGCAAGCGCUUCCAAAAGCUGCUCUGGGUGAAGCAGUCAUACCCCGACAACUACACCGACCAAGCGACCUUCCUCGAGAACCUCCAGCGCAACCCUCGUGUUCGGCCCUACGACUUUUGGCCCCUAGUCGCCGACUCAACCGUCAUCGUCCAGCACGUCUGCUCCGUCAUUAUCUUCGUCGUAUGCUUCGUUGGUAUCUUCCAAGAACGGGUUAGCCCCGUAUCCGUGGUCGGAUGGAGCAGCUUUGCGACAUUCCUCGGCUGGCUGUUGUGGGAUUGGUGGGUUACAAAAGAGUCGCCGGGCGGGUCUGGGGAUGAGGACGAGGACGCCAGGGCGCGGAUGAUACGAGACAGGCGAGCGUCCAAGGAAUUUCGCCCGCCUCGGCGGCAGGACUCAUCGGGACUCGAACAACCAGUGCUCAACGCCAGUACCGUUAGCAUUUCGAGCGUAUCAAACUUCCCCUCUGCCGCGAGCUCGACCUCGAACCUCCUCCAAGACCACUCCCACACGCAGCGAUCCUCGCACCCACUAGGCAGCAACACCCACAACAGCGGCCUCCUCGUUCCAGCCCACGCCCACUCCCGCUCCGCCAGCUCCAUCAACUCCAUCGCGUCGCAAGCGAGCGCCGCGAACAGCCCCACCACGACCACCACAACCACGCGCCUCGGCCCGGACGGGGCGGACCACGGCGGCGAACCAACCCCAUCCCCGAUCGCCCGCAAUGGGCGCGCCUACGUCCGGCUCAGCACGAUCAAAUCCGCCAUCCUCAUCUACUUCACGCUGCUCGGCCUCUCCCCAAUCCUCAAGUCCCUCACGCGCUCAACCUCCUCCGACAGCAUCUGGGCCAUGUCCUUCUGGCUGCUCGCCCUCAACGUCUUCUUCUUCGACUACUCGGGCGGCGGGCGAGCCGGCAGCGCGCCCACCACCACCUCCACCACCUCCACCACCUCCACCACCACAACAACAGGCACGCACAGCAGCAGCAAGCAGAUGCCCGUGGCGUCGCUGUCGACCAACGCGGCGCUGAUGGCGUCGACGGUGCUGGCCAGCCGGCUGCCGAGCACGGGCCAGGUGUUCAGCCUGACGCUGUUCAGCAUCGAGGUCUUCGGCCUCUUCCCCGUCUUCCGCCAGUACGCGCGCCGCCGCUCCUGGCGCUACCACGUCGUGCUGACCGUCCUGCUCGUGCUGGGCGCCGGCGCCGGCGUGGGUAUGAUUCUUGGUGACGAGCGCGGCUGGCCGUGGAAGAAGGGUUUGCUGGGCAUGGUGGUGGGGUGUCUGAUUGCGGCGCUGGCGAUGGGCGGGUGUAGUUGGUGGCUGAUUGGGCUGCAGAAGUAUAAGAAUGAGAUUUAUGGGCCGUGGGAUCCGGCGAGGCCGAUUAUUAUCAGUCGGAGGCAUUGGGAUGAUGAUUAG